AGUCACGACAUGCCGUGUCCGGGGGCUCAGGCGCCGCGGCUGGAAAGGAACCUCUGGGGCAGCCCGAGCUCUGAGCGCGUUCCUGACGGGACCCGCCCGGCCCGGGGGCUCCGCUCACGCACGCCUUUAGAAAAGCCGCGGCAGGACCGACACCGCCCCGGGCCGGCCUCCGAGGCAGCGCCGAGGGCAAGGAGAGAGCGCCGUCGGGGCGCCGUGAGGAGAGGAGCGAACCGCCGUGUCUGUAUUGUCGUUCGCUCGUUCGUUCGUUUGUUUGCCUGCGGCACUGGGUUUAUUUUCUUCCGGUGCACUGGCCGGGGCGGCACAGCGCCGCUGCCCGGCGUGCCCCGCGCGCAGGCGCGGCCGGCGGCGGCGAUGGGCGGGCGGGUGACCCGCGUGUUCCGGAAUUUCAACGUGGAGAACCGGGCCAGCCGCGAAAUCAGCAAGGAGAAGCCCACGCCCGCGCCGCGGCACCGCACCGCCCGCCUGGACACCGCGGCCGAUAGCCCAGAGAUAAAAGAAGAAGUUCUGAGAAAGGACGAUAAGCUCCUCGCCUUGCUCAAAGAUGUUUAUGUCGAGUCCAGAGAUCCACCGGCGCGGGUAAAAGAUGGAGGUGAUGAACAUCUUCCGAGUAAACAGCAGGAAAAGAGACUUACUAAAUUAGGCCACUUGGAAGCUCUAGAUGUUAAGAAAGUUCCCAAAGGCAAAAUUUCCCUUGUGGAGGCUCUGACACUUCUUAAUAAUCAUAAACUUCAACCUCAAAUAUGGACUGCAGAGAAAAUAGCAGCAGAAUACAGUCUGGAACUGAAGGAGGUCAACUCUCUUCUGGAAUUCUUCAUUCCUUUCACUGUGCUGGAAUUCCCUAAAGAAACCAAAAAAGCUCUAACAGGCCAUAAACCAAAACAGUUAACAUAAAAAUACUUGCUAAAACCUUUUGUGAUCUCACCCAUGUCUUCAUUUCACUCUCAAGUAUAUUCCAUGUCUGCAAAUUCAGUUGAUAAUGUGUCAUCCAGCAAGGCUGCUUCCUUGUGCCAGUGAGAUGUAUUCAAACAAUUCCAUUCUACAUUGGAUGGCUUCAGUGAAAUGCAGCAACUACAAAAUAAGCUACAGUUUAUAAACCAGAAUAUGACUUAUUAGUGAUAUGACAGCAUGUCACAUGGUUCUGAUUGUUCCAUUUGAAUGUCGUGAGUUCAGUUCAAGCAUUUUACCUGAAAAGAUUGCCUUUCUCAACAGAGACUUUAUGGCCUGCAGCUAAAGAGGUGCUCUGUGGAUGUUGGCUCUGUAAUUUCAUAUUGCACUGUUCUUUCAAGGACUUGCUGUCAAGGUGUGUGUAUGUAACAAACAGCUGUAUUUCUUUUGUAUAAGAAAGGAAUGGUAUUUUUACUUUGUAAAGAAGGUUAACCACAAGGGCAUUUGGAAAAUUCAGCUGUAUCAAACAUAAAAUAAAAAGAAGGUGAACAGCAAGAA